AUGUACCAGUUCCAGAAAAGUGAUUGUGCAAAAGAUGAAAUGCUCUUGACAUCAUUGCGAACAUUUUUCGUGUUCCUGCUGCUCGUAGCAGCCUUGGUCUCUCGACAGCACGCUGUCGAAGAGGAGGAAUGGAAGAAGUGUUUUGAUGACCCUGAUUAUGAGGAGCUGUUAAAAGUCGCCAAAAAUGGGCUAGAAAAGGCUUUGGAGCCAAAGACUGUGGCGAUUGUUGGGGCAGGAAUCAGUGGACUCACUGCUGCCAAAUUACUGAAAGAUGCCGGGCAUCAGGUUAAGAUUUUGGAAGCCAGUGACCACGUGGGAGGGCGGAUAAAGACCUAUCGUGAGAAGGACUGGUAUGUGGAAUUGGGAGCUAUGCGCCUACCCAAGAAUCACAAAAUUAUUCAUGAAUUUCUUAAGAAAUUCAACCUCCUAUUAAACCCAUUCAUUCAGACAGAUGAGAAUGCCUGGUAUUUAAUUAGAAAUAGAAGAGAAAAGGUGGGAACUGUGAAUGAAUAUCCUAAUCUCUUUGGAUAUCAAUUGGAUCCUAAGGAAAGGGGGAAAUCUGCUGAUGAUCUCUAUGUGGGAACACUGGAUAAGGUGACAACAAACUGCACAAUUUUGAAGGAGAAAUACGACUCGUAUUCCACCAAGGAAUACUUAAUUAAGGAAGGAAAUCUGAGCAGAGGGGCUGUAGAUAUGAUUGGUGACCUCUUAAAUGAAGAUGCUGGAUUCUACAUUUCCUUUCUUAAUUCUGCCUUGCAACACGUGAUGUUCCUUGACAAUAACAGUUUUGAGGAAAUCACGGGUGGAUUUGACCAGCUCCCCAAUGCCUUCCUCCAGGAUAUGCCCAGAACAAUCUUUUUAAACUCCAGAGUCGAGAAGAUUAUUCGCUCAAGCAAGAAAGUCACUGUGUUUUUCCGAAAGCUGGGCAAAAAUGCCUUGUCGUAUCUGACGGCCGACUAUGUCCUUGUCACUGCUACUGCAAAAGCUACACGACUCAUCAAAUUCCAUCCGCCUCUUUCCCAUUCAAAGGCUCAUGCUUUGCGUUCCUUUCAUUAUGCAAGUUCUACUAAAAUUGCCUUGGCUUGCACAGACAGAUUUUGGGAGAAAGAUGGGAUUCGAGGUGGGAGGUCCAUCACAGAUCACCCAUCCCGAAUUAUCUACUACCCAAACCAUGAUUUCCCCAGUGGCCUUGGGGUACUCCUAGUUUCUUAUACCGUGAGUGAUGACGCUGACUUCUUUGUUCCUCUCAGUGAGGAAAAGUGCAUUGACGUGGUGAUGGAUGACCUAUCCGAAAUCCACAAUGUGUCCAAAGUUUAUCUCAAAUCUGUUUGCAACAGGCAUGUGAUUCAGAAAUGGGCGCUAGACAAGUUUUCGAUGGGGGCCUUUGCUUCCCCCACCCCAUACCAGUUCAGCCACUUUUUCAAGACUUUGUUUCAGAAUGAAGGGAGGGUGUAUUUUGCCGGAGAACACACAGCCCACCCUCAUGCCUGGAUCGACACUGCCAUGAAAUCUGCUAUAAGGGCAGCGAGGAGUAUUAAUCGUAGUGCCAAUAAAUCUGUAUUGGGAAAUCUGAGCAAUUAA